CGGGGUCCUUCUUGAAGGUAUGGAUGAUGAAGAGAAGGAUCUGGCGUCUCUGGGAGUGACCCUGAUCACUCCGAUCCUAGGAGAGCCCUUGGCAAUCCUGAAGGAAACCAAGACAUCCUUACAGGACAACCGGACAAACCGAGGAAGACCAGAGACACCUCCUAGGACACCGGAAGAAGUCACGGCGUCCCCAGGAAAGUCUCAGACGUCCCUGGGGAAGGUCAGGAUAAUGCCCCUGGAGGUACACAGAGACGUGGAUGAGGUCGUUAAUCUCCUGAAGGAACGACCCAACCAGUACUCUAGAGCCACGGUCGUCCUCUACGGCUCCGGCGACUACCUGUCCAAGGCGGUGAAACAGGCAGUGGGGGCGGAUGUGGUGACUCCUGGACAAGUGUGGGUGUUGGUGAGCGAGGGGAGUCUUCACCACUACUCACGCUUCCUGGUGACCCACACUCUCACCAGUCAGUUCAACCUCCUUCUUGUCACCCAGGUCACCAAGACGCACCAGGACCGCUCACCAGCGAUAACACCGGUGACUGCUCUUAGGAGCUCCCCAACUCUCCGUGUGGUGGAGUCUGCAGGAGAUGGAGGACCUCACCUGGUGGGGUUCCUGGCGGAGGUGAUGGCCUUCUUACAGCAGAGUCUACACUUCAGGUACAACGUGUCUCAGGUCCGCGGCUACGGUACUCGGCUUAUCAAUGGCUCCUGGAUUGGCCUGGUGGGAGCCGUGGCCGAGAAGGUGGAGGUGGGGCUGUCAUCCCUCAGCAUCACCUACGAGAGGCGUCAGGUGGUGUCCUUCACGAGUCACCUGCUGGAGUCGAGCGUCUACCUCAUGUUCCCCGCUAAGCACAUCCUCAAGCCCAUCUUCGUCGUCUUCCUCAUCUUCACGCCUCUGAGAUCCACCAUUACACUCAACACUAACACUUCCACCUCUCCCUCAUCACCCUCCAGCGGUAACCUGACGGCGUUCUUAUCCAUACCUCGCCUGCAGCAGUACCCCAGCACCCCGGAGGAGAUGUUGCAGCAAGGUUACGCUCCUCUCCUCACAAAAGGGUUCAGCCACUACGACAACUUCAAGUAUUCUCGCCUGGACACCUUCCAAAAACUGUUUCGUGUGGCCCAGGAGCGUGGUAGCAUCUAUCCCUUUGGCCGAGUCGAUCACAACACCGUCAUGGACAGGUUCAGCGAAAGUCCUGUAGCCUCUAUUAUCUCUGCCCUGGGAGUAGUUUACCGUCAGAACAGCGGCGCAGGACCCAACCAACCUUGUGCCUUCUACGUAGAACCUGAGCCCCUCUCCUCCCAGUUCAGCUACAUCAUCCUACAGAACAACUCCUUCUUCAGGCAGCUCUUCAACAGGAGACUGAUUUGGUUGCGAGAUAUGGGUGUGUUAAAACGGGCGUCGCAGAAACAUAAUGCUAUUCACUGUCUGGGCGGCGGUGGCAUGGGCGACGGGGUGGACGGUGGUGGAAGCGUGAGUGGCGGUUCCUUGCCUUUAAGUCUGACGGAUCUCCAAGGCGCUUUCCUUCUGUGGGUCGCUGGUACUGUGCUGUCCUUGCUGUUCCUGCUGGUGGAGGUGGUGGUGGUGCGUUGUGUUGGCGGUGAUCGAAGUGGUGUUUCGUGCUAAUUGAUAUCGAGACGGUGAAUUAUCUACCUGUCUGUCUACCUGUCUGGUUGUUCUGGCUUAUCCUUGGUUGAAUUGAGUUAAUCUUUACCAUUAUUUGUAUAUCCGCACUGUCUAUGUGUACAUUGUUUGUAUACAUACACCAUCUCAUGUACAUUGUUUGUAUGCUUAC